AUGCCUCGCGCCAACGACAGCACCCACAAGAUCUUUUACAAGGGUCGUUCGGAGGACUUUAUCGUCUUCGUCGAUGACCUCAAUACCCUGCAGAAGUGGAAGGGUGACCGUAGCGUCCCAUUGACUGAUGUGCUGAAUGGGUGGAAGAUCUUCGUAACUCACGGACACGGCGCUCAAGGCGUUCUCGACAGCGCUAGCAAGAAUGCUCUGGAGAAUGAGUUUGGUACCUCUGAUGAUGACGAUUGCAUGGUGAAGAUCCUGGAGGGCGGCGAGUACCAGACCAGCACGGGACGUGAGCGUGAAGGUAACAAGAACGUCUCCAUGGGCUCCCUUGGUGUUACCCGGUAA